AGCUCGACGAGAUGUCCAACGGCUCGGAGCUGCAGAACUCGCUCGCCGAGAAGACGGGGCAGCGCUCGGUGCCCAACAUCUUCAUCAACGGCACCCACGUCGGCGGCUGCGACGACUUCUUCGCCAAGCAGAAGAGCGGCGAGAUCGAGAAGCUGCUCAAGCAGUAGAGGAUGGAGGGAAUGACGAUGGUGUCUGAUACCGAUGUCUGCGUGAAGAGUGAGGUGGCCAUCUUGUGGCCGGCCCCCUCACAUGUUACACUGGCGCUCUUGCCAGCCGGGCGAGGCGUACGCCUCGGGCUCACAGUCGCAAGUCCGCCACGCCGGGCAGCGCCAUUUGCGCGUGUGAGGAGAGUUCCAGCCUAUCCUGCGACGCCCUUCUGGUGUGGCGUCGCCUGCUUGCUCACCGUCCGGCUUGCACCGGCAGAACAAGGCGAGAGUGCGCGUGUUGCCUUGCCAUCGGAUGUCACGUUCCUUUCGUCGUCUCCCUUCCCUCGCUGGCUGAGGCCCGCAUCCAUCGCGUCCCUACGGGACAGCGAGCCAGCGUGUCGGGCAAGAUGCUGCCCUGGCUCGAGUCACCCCCAACGCCGCUUUGCCGUUCACAUCGGGCGCAUCGCAUCGACUCUGACUCUGACUCUAUCGGCCCCAUGCCUCGGGCUGGCCGCAGUCACUUGGCACUAUGCCUGUGAAGCCCGCAGUAACGCGCUGUGACUCUCUCUUCACAACCAUCGCUCCAACCAUCGCUCCUCUCGAGACAGAGCCUCUCUCACGCUGAGAACGACGCGCGUGAGUUGUCGCGCAGGAAGUGCAGCCAAAGUCAUGAGUGGCUGUCUCUCGCACCCGGCGGACAAGCAAGGCUUGGUCAAGCAGGACCAGGAAGAUAGCGCAAGGCGCCGCUAUGCACAGGCCUGCGUGACGGGAAA